AAACGCGGCAGCCGAGGUCUCGGAACCAUGGGUGACGUUCUGGGGAUUACCAAUAACGGAUUUUAACAGGAAAACGCAGGGAAAAUGGCAGAACGGUUGGAGUGGGUGGAGAUCAUCGAGCCGCGCACGCGGGAGCGGAUGUACGCGAACCUGCUGACGGGGGAGUGCGUGUGGGACGCCCCGGCGGGCGUGCGCAUCAAGCGCACGGGGGAGAACCAGUGGUGGGAGCUGUUCGACCCCAACACGUCCCGCUUCUACUACUACAGCGCCGCCUCGCAGCGCACCGUGUGGCACCGCCCCCAGGGCUGCGACAUCAUCCCGCUCGCCAAGCUGCAGACGCUCAAGCAGAACUGCGACUCGCCGCGCCGCGUCUCCGCCGACAACAGCCCCGCCCACAGCGCCGCCCACAGCCAGGAGGGCAGCACCUCCUCCUCGCUCGACCAGGAGCUCGCCGAGAGGGAGCGGGGAGGGAGAGAGGAGGGGGAGAGGACGUCUCCGUUCCGCUGGAACACGGGCAGUAAGGAGCGGAUGCUGAUCAAGGUGACGGACCGUGAGCCCAGCUUCCUGGCCCACCAGGGCAACGGCUUCUCCUCCUGCGAGGGAGGCGUGGGAGGCGUGGGCACCUCCUCCCGGUCCCGCCGUUCGUCCGGCAACGCCCCCCCGGACCCGGACAGCCCCCCGCUGUUCUACCCCGACCGGCGGCAGUCCCCGUUCCUGAAGCGGGCGGAGCUGUCCGGGUCGCCCCUGCUGGGGGGCGGGGCCCACCGGCGUUCCUCGGCCGACUCCCAGCCGCCCUCCCCCCGCUACGCCUACGAGCCCCCGCUCUACGAGGAGCCGCCCUCCGAGUACCAGCCCCCGCCCAUCUACGAGGAGCCGCCCACGGACGCGCACUGCGGGCCCUACGGCUCGGCCAAGGCCCAGCCGCCGCCCCGCAAGCCCUCCUCCUCCUCCUCCUCCUCCUCCUCGCACUUCCACUCGCCCAAGCAGAGCCACUCUCCGUACCAGCAGCUGGUGCUGACCAAGCAGAAGCCGGGCGAGAAGGGCAUGGAGUACAGCCCCGCCGGGCGCGAGUACGUCAAGCAGCUGGUGUACGUGGAGCAGUCGGGCCCCGGGCCCCGCUUCAAGACCGCCGACCGGCUGCUGCGCUCGGGCUACGCGGGGCCCUUCGGCGGCGGCUACACGCUGCAGCACAGCCAGUCGCUCAUCCGGGACCCCCGGGGCCUGCUGGAGUACCUGGGCGAGGCGGGCGAGGCGGGCAUGUGCUGGUCGUCCGGCGGGCAGCACGACUCCCUGCCGGCGUCGGCCGCCAACGCCAACCGCAAGCGCAAGACCCGCAAGCCGGGGCCGCCGCCCGAGGGCCCGGGGCCCUGCGGGGAGGCCGGGGCCGGGGGCUGCGAGCCGGGGCCGGGGCCCGGGGGGCCGGAGGCCGUGCUGGCGCAGGCGCGGCUGGCCUGGGAGGCGCAGCAGGUGCAGCAGCUCCGCCAGAGGAGCAGCUGGGACGCCACGCCGGGCCCCGGGGCCUCCAAGGACGGGUACGAGAGCGACGGGGCCCUGCCGCCGCCCCUGCCGGGGCCCGUGGUGCGGGCCUUCAGCGAGGACGAGGCCCUGGCCAUGCAGGAGGGCCACUGGAAGCGCAGCAACCUGGAGCGGCUGGGGUUCCCCCAGGCCCUGCUGGAGAAGAGCCUGUCCGUGCAGACCAACCUGGCCUCCCCCGAGCCCUACCUGCACCCCUCUCAGUCGGAGGAUCUGGGAGCGUGUGCUCAGUUUGAGGCGAGCCGGAACGCGCGGAACAUGAUGCCGAGUGCCAGCUGUGGAGUUUUCCCAGAGUUCACUCUGAGGAAGCCCUCCUCCGAGACCGACAUCCAGAACUGGGCGUCCAAACACUUCAACAAGCACACGCAGGGCCUGUUCCGGCGCAAGGUCUCCAUCGCGAACAUGCUGGCGUGGAGCAGCGAGGCCAUCCGCAAGCCCAUGAUCGUGACGGCGGACCGCGCGGUGAAGAAGGAGGCGGUGGAGAUCUUCCGGCUGGUGCAGAUGUACAUGGGGGACCGGCGGACGCGCGCGGACCCCACGGCCGCGGCCCUGGAGGUGGUGGGCAAGGGCUGGACCUGCCCGGGCCUGCGAGACGAGCUGUACAUCCAGCUGUGCCGCCAGACCACCGAGAACUUCCGCUACGACAGCCUGGAGCGCGGCUGGGAGCUGAUGGCCGUCUGCCUGUUCUUCUUCCCGCCCACGCCCCGGUUCCACUCCUACCUGGAGGGCUACAUCUACCGCCACAUGGACCCGCUCAACGACACCAAGGGGGUGGCCAUCAGCAGCUACGCCAAGUACUGCUACCGCAAGCUGCAGAAAGCUGCACUGACUGGUGCCAAAAAGGGCCUGCAGAAGCCCAGCGUGGAGGAGAUCAAGCACGCCCGCAACGCCAUCUUCAGCCCCUCCAUGUUCGGCAGCUCCCUGCUGGAGGUGAUGGCCCUGCAGAAGGAGCGCUACCCCGACCGCGAGCUGCCCUGGGUGCAGACCCGCCUGUCCGAGGAGGUGCUGGGCCUCAACGGGGACCAGACCGAGGGCCAUAUUCAGGCUGGUUUGUGUUACAGGGUUCCAGGUGAUAUUGAUGAAGUGAACGCGCUGAAGCUCCAGGUGGACCAGUGGAAGGUCCCAACGGGCCUGGAGGACCCGCAUAUCCCAGCCUCCCUGCUGAAGCUGUGGUACCGGGAGCUGGAGGAGCCCCUCAUUCCGCACGAGUUCUACGAGGAGUGCAUCACGCACUACGACAGCCCAGAGGCGGCCGUGAAGGUGGUGCUGGGACUGCCCCGCAUCAACAAGCUGGUGCUCUGCUACCUCAUCCGCUUCCUGCAGGUGUUUGCCCAGCCUGUUAAUGUAGCCGUGACAAAGAUGGACAUAAACAACCUGGCCAUGGUGAUGGCGCCCAACUGCCUGCGGUGCCAGUCGGACGACCCGCGGAUCAUCUUCGAGAACACGCGCAAGGAGAUGUCCUUCAUCCGCGCGCUGGUGCAGAGGCUGGACACCAGCUUCAUGGAGGGGCUGCUAUAGCCCUGCGCAGAGAGAGCGCCCCCUACUGCCCCGACACCACCACAGCACAGGGUCCUACAACACACACACACACACACGCACAC